AGGUCGGUAGGACCAGGCGCCGUAAGGCAGGUUCGGAGAGGCGGCGGGAGACGCGAGAAGGAAACGAAGCUGCGAGGAGUGGGCGCUUUGUUCUCUUGGCGGUAAGGGCCUGCUGCCGGGCAUGUGUUCGUGGACCGAGCUAUUGUAGCGGAAACCCCCGUCCCCAGCACAGGUCGGACUCGACUGUGGCUCUCACCCAGGGCCCGCCAUGGCCCAGCAGAGAGCCCUGCCCCAGAGCAAGGAGACGCUGCUGCAGUCAUACAACAAGCGGCUCAAAGACGACAUCAAGUCCAUCAUGGACAACUUCACCGAGAUCAUCAAGACCGCCAAGAUUGAAGAUGAGACACAGGUGUCGAGGGCUACUCAGGGUGAACAGGACAAUUACGAGAUGCACGUUCGAGCUGCCAACAUUGUCCGAGCUGGUGAGUCACUGAUGAAGCUGGUAUCUGAUCUCAAGCAGUUUCUGAUUCUCAAUGACUUCCCAUCUGUGAAUGAAGCCAUUGACCAGCGUAACCAGCAGCUUCGAGCCCUGCAGGAGGAGUGUGACCGGAAGCUCAUCACCCUGCGGGAUGAGGUCUCCAUUGACCUGUAUGAGCUGGAGGAGGAGUAUUACUCGUCCAGCUCAGCGCUCUGCGAAGCCAAUGACCUGUCUCUGUGUGAAGCUUACUGGAGGCUGGACCUCGACACAGACUCUGCUGAUGACCUCUCGGCUCCUCGUCUGCUGUCCCUGGAGACUGGAGCUGGUCCCUUGCAGUCUGCAGCCCCCAUCCACUCCCAUGGUGGUGGCCCUGGCCCUACAGAACACACCUGAGCCUCUUGGGGUACCUCUCAGGGUAGCCCUCCCUGGAGCCCUAGUUUAUCAGAAGGGAAGUCCUGUGGAUACCCACCACAGCCUAGUUUUUUUCAGUCUUAGCUCCAUUGGGGACUUUGAGAUCAGGAGCCACUGUAGCCUCAGGAACCUGGCCAGGCCAGGGCCUGUGAUAGUUGGGGAGUGCUGUUCAGUUAUUUACAGGCAGGUGGCUACCUUCCUGAUUGCCAGGUGGAAGUUUGUCCCAUUGAAGACCUUGAAUAGGGUGGGUGGCUGGUGAUAGGAAGGCAGGUUCAGCUUGUUUAGAAUUGUGAGAUAUUUAGUGGAUCUUAGUCAAGUCCAGUCACCCAUCCUUAGGCUUAGGUUCUAUAUAGAGCCCUGUCCACUGCCUGGUGCCUGGAGCAUAAAUGUCUGCCACAGCUGACAGUCCAAGCAAGAUUGUGUGAGGGGCAGCUAGCCAGGGCAUCUGCCUGGAUUCUCACACCAUUUCCUCCUGCUACUUUUGUAAUGAGACUGUUGAAUAAAACAUCAGCUUUCUG